CUUUUCUCUAGGAAAUGCAUAACCUUUUGUUUCUUUUGCUCGAUUAGUAAUAUAUUCUCUUUUCCUUGCCAAAGAUAAAGCCACUAACCCAUCUAACAGACAAGAAGACUGGGAAUACAUCAUCGGAUUCUGUGACCAGAUCAACAAGGAACUGGAGGGGCCACAGAUAGCUGUGAGACUCCUGGCUCAUAAAAUCCAGUCGCCGCAGGAAUGGGAGGCAGUCCAAGCCCUGACAGUGCUGGAAGCUUGUAUGAAGAACUGCGGGAGAAGAUUUCAUAAUGAAGUUGGGAAAUUUCGCUUUUUAAACGAGUUAAUAAAAGUUGUGUCUCCAAAGUACCUGGGAGACCGGGUCUCAGAGAAGGUGAAAACCAAAGUCAUUGAAUUGCUGUAUAGCUGGACAGUGGCUCUGCCAGAAGAAUCCAAAAUCAAAGAUGCCUACUACAUGCUGAAGCGACAAGGGAUCGUUAUGUUUGAUCCUGUGAUUCCUGCAGACAGAACCCUGAUUCCUUCUCCACCACCUCGUCCCAAAAACCCUGUGUUUGAUGAUGAGGAGAAAUCCAAGCUUCUAGCCAAGCUGUUGAAAAGCAAAAACCCAGAUGAUUUACAAGAGGCCAACAAGCUUAUAAAAUCCAUGGUAAAAGAGGAUGAGGCUCGGAUACAAAAAGUGACGAAACGCAUGCACACACUGGAGGAAGUGAAUAACAACGUGAAGCUGCUCAAUGAGAUGUUGCUUCAUUACAGCAAAGAGGAUUCAUCAGAGGCUGACAGGGAGCUCAUGAAGGAGCUCUGUGAAAGGUGUGAAACCAAAAGACGGACGUUAUUCAAGCUGGCCAGUGAGACGGAGGAUAAUGACAGCAGUUUGGCGCCCGCAGCCGAGAUCCCCAUCCUGCCGCCGCCGCCGCAGCCGUUCCCUCCCUCCCGGGGCAGCUCCUCGAGCCAAGCGGAAGCCGCUCCCGCUCAGCAGAGCAGCGCGGCCAAUUCCCUCUCCUUGCUGGAUGAGGAGCUUCUGUGCUUAGGCCUGAAUGAUCCAGCCCCCGCAGCAGUGAAGGAGCCGUCAGAAAACAACCAGUGGAGCAUGUUUGAGAAUGACCAGCUGGACCUGGAUUUCUUUGGUUCGAAGAUGGGGCCUGCUGCUUGCAACCCUGCAGGGAACCCUCUUCUCCCUCACACGUCACAGGCUGCGUGUGGGCCGGCAGCGACGCUGCCCUCCGCUUUCACGGCCUCUCAGCCUGCUCCCGGUAUCACUGCACCAAACCCAAGCCCAUUCGUGUUCUCUGCUGCAUCGGCCACCCCAGCGGGGCCUCUUCAGACUCUGCCAGCGGCUCCUGGGUACUUCAGCUCAGCGGUGGGAAGCAAUAUGUCCAAUAAAAUGGAUGCACUGGGACAGCUCCUUGAAGAAGCCAAAGGGACUGCCACCCAAGGCAUGACUACAGCCUCAGUGUUUCCUGGGGUUACUUUGCCAGCCACUUCCAGCUCUGCCCCGUUAAUCCCCCCUGCAGGGCUGCCGGUUACUGCCCCAGGAGCCCCUCCAAUUCCUUUCCCAAGCAGUUGCACUGCUGGCUCAGGGAGCCCUCUCUUCCAGUCAGCAUCACUCCAGCAGCAAGGCAGUCCCUUGAAAGCACCUGAAAUUUCUUUGGCCAACGUCCAUGUUCCCUUGGAAUCCAUUAAACCCAGCAGCGCCCUCCCGGUGACGGCCUACGACAAGAACGGCUUCCGCAUCCUCCUGCACUUUGCCAGGGAGUGCCCGCCGGGCAGGUCGGACGUGCUGGUGGUCGUCGUGUCCAUGCUGAACACGGCGCCGCUGCCCGUGAGGAACAUUGUGCUGCAGGCUGCUGUCCCAAAGUCCAUGAAAGUGAAGUUACAGCCACCCUCUGGCACAGAGCUGUCUCCAUUUAACCCCAUCCAGCCGCCUGCUGCCAUCACCCAAGUCAUGCUUCUGGCAAAUCCUGCAAAGGAGAAGGUGAGACUGAGAUACAGACUGACCUUCACCCUGGGGGACCAGCCCAGCACAGAGCUUGGCGAGGUGGAUCAGUUUCCCCCCGUAGAGCAAUGGGGACAUCUAUGACCCUCGGCCACUGCCAGAGACUCCGUGACAGGACCAGGAAGGGAUCCCGCAAGACCGGGAUGAACGUGCCGUGGCGAGGGACACACAUGCUACCCACUGGUGAUGCUCAGCUUCGUUUACAUGUCCUGACCACUCUGCUUGUAGCUUUAGUCCGGAAUGUUGUGCCCCACAUUGAAGGGGUCCUGGGACAUUACGUCAAGCAUGAACUGAGUGGCAACCAGUAACAGGCAGUGCUGGCUACUUUCAUCUCGGCCUCUGGGUGAAUCUGGUUCUACCUUCUACUCUAUUAAACUUGACGUUGUUGUAUUCUGAGGGGAGACCUGUCGAUGGAAGGGGAUUUAUUUGGCUUAUUCCUGUCCUGCUGUCCAGAGCUACCUAGAGGCCGGCGGGGUAACGAUGCCACCAGGAGCUUCCUCAGCACAGAGCCCUCACACUUGCUCCCCCGAGGAUUUGACCUCCUCAGUGCCAGACUGGACCAGUUCAGCAUGUCGAGCAAUAACGCUGGCUCUGUGAGGGAAUGCUGAUUUUUUACACUGAAGUGGCACU